UGUGUGUGAAAAUGUGAAUGUCAUGGAAUUGCUUAUUUGGAGUUCUAAAUAUGACAUUUCUGCAGCCAAUUGGCUUGAAGUCACUAAUCCCUCAAUGGCCCUCUUUACCCUUUUUCCCGCUGGAGCCUGAUUAAUUUUGGAGCCUAUUACCCUAUAAGCGAGACCUUGCUCAGUCAGAGUUAUUUCCCUAUCACAAUCAUUUAUUUUCUUUAAAGGCUUUGUGUCAGAUAGCGCAAUCGGAUCCUUUUCUGCAACCCAUAGAUGAUCGACUACUUGCCCAUUUUGUUGGCUUAUUGACAGAAAUUCACAAUUCUUUCCUAGUGCUGGUACCCAUAUUAUAGUAGUGUCAUCAUUAAGGGAGCAAGAGCCUAUGUCAUAAGGGCAGUUUCGGGUUACUCCAAAAGGAGUUUGAAUUGAUUUCUCUCCAAAUCGCGAAAGAACCUGAGUGGGAAAUAUAUAACAAUUCUUAGAGACUACUUCCUGCCACGUAAAGGAACCUAAAAGCCAAGUCCUAGGUGUAAGAUCUAGUUUAUUGUUAGUAUGAAACAGUUCCCCCUCUUGCUGGAAAAUUCCAAAUUCGCACUUUUUGUGAUCUACCAUGCUUUUACAUUCCUCGGGUGAGAUUUCCAAUGAUUUUAUUUCCCCUGGUUUUUCUAUCGGAACUCCGGAAAGUGAAGUGUAUUUAACCAUAGAUUUAAUUAUUUUCCUGCAGGCCCAUGCUUUAGUUUUAUAUUCAAGAUUGUUAGGUACGAAAAUUUGUCUCGUUUGUGGGAUUGGCGGUUUUGUAAGUUGGUUUUUAACUUCAGGACAUUUUGGAAAUUCUGGGAGUGACCAUAAUAAUCCAUGUUCUCUUGUUUGACAUAUUAAUGGUUGUUUCGGAAAUGGACUGUUUGCGCCUAGAGCUGUUAUAAUUGAAAGUAUAAGAGCUAUAAAGAAAAUAUGAUUUAGUCUGGGACCCAUUGAGAUUCUUUCCCAGUUAGUUACGUUUGGCGUUACUGCUUUAUUUUGUGGUUUCAUUUCUUUCAAGUUAGAGUUUGUUAAUUGUUCUUUAUGUUCGGUUUCUACUUCUUUACUUAUUAUUGGUUGAUGUUCAGUUAUUGUAUUUACAGAGUCUUUUUUGUUAGUUUGAGUUAAACUUAAUUGCUUAGCUAAUUGGUUUGCCAGUUCUGAGAUGUUUAGAUUUUGGUGUGCGGGGUUUGGGAUUUGUUGAAUUAUUGGGUAAGCUGAGGUAUGGUAGAUUUGCCUAUGAGGAAUAUAUUGGGUUUCCUGUGAGUAAUUUUGAUGAUUUUGCUCCACAUAAUUUAUUGGGAGUGGAAUUUUAUUUGGGUUCUGAUUUUGUCUGUUCGGAUUUGGAUAAUUUCUAUUAUUUUGCCAUGUCUGUGUUGUAGUCGGUGGAUUUCGCCUGAAACAAUUAUAAGAACUGUGACCUACCUUUCUGCAGUGUUGACAUACUGGUCUGCCACUCCAUCUACGAUCAUUCAUGUUCCUGUUUUGAUAUUGGUUCCUCCUUUGAAAGUUGUUCUGGUUCCAGUUAUUUUGAGGUUGUCUUUGGUAGUUGUUGUCUCGUUUCUGAGUAUUGAAUUGACUUGCAUUAUAUUGUCGUUGUGGCCAAUUACUGGUUGAUGAUGAUUGAUGUUGAUUAUUCUGAUUUGGAUUUCGUACCCAGGAAUUAAUAUUGGUUUCAGGAAGUUUAGGGUUUUGAAUUAUAUUAAUUGAAUUAGCUAAACCCCUUGGGUUAUCAAAUGAAAACGAAUCGUUAGUCGC